AUGAAAAUAGAAAAUUUUUCUGUCGAGAAUGGUCGGUUAGAGAUAGAGGAAAAAAUUAAAUUCGAAAACGUCACUAUUCCAUCACUUGAAAAUUUAAAAGAAUUUUCGGUAUUUUACCAACCUUCUUUCGACCUUGGCUUUGGUAAUUAUUCUUCUUCUCCUAGACAUGAUGGUUUAAAAGAUUUUGAAAUUGGAGGAUUAGUUGACUUCUCUUCGUCGGGAAUUGUUUAUCCAGUUAAGAAAAUUGAGUUAGUUGGAAUUGAUGAUAAAUUUAGUGAAGAGCUUACGAAAAAUUUAUUUCUUCCCCAUACACAAAAUAAUCCAAAAAAAAUGUCAAUAAAAAUUACGGUCAAGAACCUUACCAGUCAAAACAAUCUUAAUUUUAGAGUAGGUUCUAUAGAUUGGGGAAGUACGAGAGUUCCUAUUCUAAAAAUAGAGAGUAUCAAGUCUGAAAAUAUAGAAUUUAGUGUUCCUUUUUCAAGAUUAGAAGAUCCGACCAAUCCUCCGCCUGAAAAUCCAGAAAAAGAAAAUAAAGAUGGAGAAGGAGCGCAAAAGCCAGAAAACGGCAAUUCGCCCGAGAAUACCAAUGAUAAUGGAAAAAAUAAACCUACUACUCCGGAGCCAAACAAAAAACCCAAACCAAAGCCCACUGAUUCCGGAAAGGAUAGGCCGGAUAAUAAUGAACCCAAGCCGAAAAAUCCCGAAAAAUUAAGUGAAGAAAUUGAAGCAGAGAUAAACCAGCAGACUGCCCAAAAAAAAACUGAAAUCGACAAUGCUCUCAAAAAUUUUCAACAAACUAGUGAUAUUAACCAAAAACUUAAAGAACUAAAGGUUACUGAGAAAAACGUAGAGGAUGAAUCCUACCGAUGUGUAUUAGAGGUAUUAAAUGAACAAAUGAAUACUGAUGAAGUUACUGAAUCAGAAUUAGAUAGUGAAACCCAAGCCAAAUUUACUAAUUUAAAAAAUCAAACCCUUCAACCAGACCAAAUUCUUCUGUUUAAGCAACAAAUUAAUCAAAAAAUAGGAGCAUUAGGAGCCCAAAAAAGAUUUGAUAAAUUAGUUAGUUCUGUGAAAAAUUCAUUAAACUCUAAAAAUAAGAGUGAAGUCAAAGAAGCAGUUCAAAAUCUAAUCAGGUUUACCAGGAGUUCAAAUGUUUUCGACCAAGAACUUAGUUUAAAAGAAAGGUCUAAAAUUGAAAAUUACAGAACCCAAUUAAAAAAAGACUUGGAGAGCGAUAAUACUUUAACUAAUUCGGCUA